AUGGCCGAGGCGUCGGAUCAGGCCGUGACGUACUACACCCUAGAGGAGAUCCAGAAGCACAACCACAGCAAGAGCACCUGGAUCAUCCUGCACCACAAAGUGUACGACCUGACCAAGUUCCUGGAGGAGCAUCCGGGGGGAGAAGAAGUCCUAAGGGAACAAGCUGGCGGAGAUGCCACCGAAAACUUUGAGGAUGUUGGGCACUCUACAGACGCUAGAGAAAUGUCCAAGACGUACAUCAUUGGGGAGGUUCAUCCAGAUGACAGAUCAAAGCUAAACAAACCUUCGGAAACUCUCAUUACGACUGUUGAUUCAGACUCCAGUUGGUGGACCAAUUGGGUGAUCCCGGCCAUCUCGGCACUGGUCGUGGCCCUGAUGUACCGCUUCUACACAGCAGAGAACUAA